CACAAUGCAGAGACAGUAUUCGGUCAGACAGGGAGGUUGGAGGAACUGACAGUCGGGGUGCAGAAAUAUGGCUGUACGUGCCUUUGAAGGUAAAGAUCAUGCAGCUGCUUACUGGCAGUUCAGAGUAACACCGCAAGAACUGAUCAGCAAGAUUGUGAGCUCUAUGGAUAAAAAGACACCAAAACAGUUCAACCUUGCGGUGGAUGUGGGCUGCGGUUCAGGGCAAGGUACAAAGCUUUUGGCUCCAUACUUCACCAAGGUGGUUGGAACAGAUAUCAGCCCAGCCCAGCUGGAGAUGGCAUCAGCCAAUAGCAACCUUCCAAAUGUUUCAUACAGACAGUGUCCAGCAGAAGAACUACCGUUUGCAUCUGGAGAGGUGGACCUUGUGACGGCCAUGACAGCGGCCCACUGGCUCGAUCGCCCGCGGUUCAUCCAGGAGGCUGAUAGGGUGCUGAGGCCUGGAGGCUGCAUGGCCCUCCUGAGCUACACCUUGGACAUGGACCUGGAGUAUGGGGAUAUCGCCGAAGCUCUCACUGACAUCUGUAAAGAGUUCUACGAUGUCCUGCGUCCAUUCCGAUAUUCCUAUCUAGGACCGAGCUCUAAGAAGCUCUAUGCUGAGAUGUUUGAAUCCUGUUCAUAUCCAGACAAAGAGUGGACUGACUGUCUGCAAGUAAGAAGGACCCUGCCAUUAAAUGGAUAUAUUUGCAUGGUGGAGACCUUCUCCAGCUACCAGAAAAUGAAGGAAAAGGACCCUGCUGGAGCUGAACGUCUCUCUAAUGACAUCAGGAACAAGUUGAUGUCUACCAUGAAGGUAUCUUCUCCUGACACAGAAGUGACGAUGGUUGUCAAGUAUUUCUACUUUCUGGCAUUCAAACCUUCAUAGUUCUUUCGGGGGUUUUUUGCCACCAUAAAGCAGCCAAUGUCCCGUUCUGGCCCUUUGUAGAAUUCACUCUUGCAAAAAUGACAAAAAUAAAUAAAUGAAAUUCCUAGAGGAUGCACUUUCUUUGAAAAUCAAAGACAAAUUAAUUUAUAGGGUGCAUUUAAAAACAGUACAAGUUGAACCAAAGUGCUGCACAAUUAAAGUAACAAACCCAGUAAAACACAAUGACACAUACAACAACAGAUGUUAAUAAAAGAAGACAAUAAAAUGGGAACAAAAAGUUACAACACAAGAUAUAUUUAAGUGUUUGUUUUGUAAUGUUCCAUGCCACAAAAUAUAUGGUUGAGAAAAUAUGAUUAGUUACUUUGUGCAUCAUCAAAGGUUUUUGUUAAUGUGCAAUCAAAAAUGAGACUUUUCAUGACUUCUUCUUACUACUUGACCAAAAUUGCAGAUACAGAAUCAAUGCAAUGUUGAUUAAUUGUGGUGAAAAUUGUCAGCUUUUAUCUUUGAUAGUUCCUGGGAUAUUGUUGUUUAAGCACUGCCUCAAAUUUCAGUGUAUGAAAAAGAGUGCUGAAAGUCGACAGACAAUAUAUGUGAUGUAUCAAGUUAACAUGUCAAUAAUAUCUUCAUAAAGAUCCAUUUUUUAUGCUGUAAAUUUUUAACACCAGUCAGAGAAGGUCAAGCAGAAAUUGUUAUGAAAUUUUGAUGAUUUGUCAUGGAAUGAACCAAGUGUUUCUUUCAUAUGAAGGUAAAGUGCUCCAGAAAUUAAGGGUUGCCACCUAAAUUCUUAAUCACCUUUUUGUGUCUUGAUCUCAGAAUGACAGUAGUUGAAUAGUGGUAGUAAAGGCAAGUAAGUAAUUUAUCAAAGUAUUUGCAAGAAACAUUGGAAUUUCACUUUUGCUAAGAGUCUCUAACAGAUAGAUGGAAGUUUUGGCAACUGAGCUGAUGUACCUAUAAAAUUUGAAAGAGUUGUAAUAUAUAUAUAUAUAUAUAUAUAUAUAUAUAUAUAUAUAUAUAUAUAUAUAUAUAUAUAUAUAUAUAUACACACAUAUCUUAAAAAAAAAAGCUGUUGCAAAUCAGUUGCCCAAAGGUCCAGUACACAGAAUAAUCUCAGUCCAAAUUUAAUUUCUUUGGUUUUUGUUUUCUGGUUUUGACAAGCUCAGUCAAAAAGAACUUCAAGACCUCUUAUGUAAAUGUGAAACAAUGAUGGAAUGAAGUCAAAUUAAUUAAGUUUAUGAACAGAAUGAACAUUAGAUGAAGCUCUGUCAUAGACUGAUGGAUGAGAGUCCAACUGAAUUCUACUGCCAGAUUCAUACACAACUAAACAUCUUAAUCUUCCUUUAAUUGAACGUACCAGUUCUAACAAUUUAUAAAUGCCAGUGUCCAACUGCAAUUAAAACAAGCCGCUAGUCUCUCACGGAUAUUGUUGUUGAUUUCAUCAGGGAUAUUUGAUUUUUUUUUAACAGACUUCAACUGCUUUUUUAAUUUUUUGCUAUUCAUAUCCAAAGCCUUGGUACUUUGUGUAAAAAAAUAGCAUUCAAUCAUAAUUUUAAAUAAAAUGCCAUGUUCAUCUUUGUGCAACUCCA